GGGAGCGGAGCCGCCGAGCGGCGGAGCCGCCCAACCGACCUGGCCCCGCCCCUCCUCGUUCAUCUCCAAUUGACCAAUCACAGCUCCGCUUCUUUCUAGGCGCGUAGGCUAUUCUCCAGUCAGCGACUGCCGUCGUCUCUCGGGCAACAGCGUCCUAGAGACGCCGAAUGGGCAGCCCCUCUGAGACCCCGCGGCUUGGGGGUCCGCGCACGCGGGUGCCGGCCCAGCUAGGCGGAGAAUCGAGGAGGGGUCCCCGGGAUUUAAUGUGCAAAAUGGCGAUUAUACCGGACUGGCUUAGGUCGCAUCCUCACACACGAAAAUUUACACAUUCAAGACCCCAUUCUUCACCGUGUAGAGUAUAUUCAAGGAAUGGUUCCCCAAAUAAGUUCAGAUCUUCUUCAACCACAGCUGUUGCAAAUCCAACACUGUCCUCCUUAGAUGUUAAACGGAUUUUAUUUCAAAAAAUUGCCGACAGAGGGGAUGAGUUGCAAAAAGCCUUUCAGCUGCUGGAUACUGGUCAGAACUUGACUGUGUCAAAAAGUGAACUGAGAAGAAUCAUCACAGACUUCCUGACGCCGCUCACACGAGAACAGUUUCAGGACGUGUUGGCUCAGAUCCCCCUUAGCACCUCUGGUACUGUACCGUACCUUGCCUUUCUGUCCAGGUUUGGUGGAAUUGACCUAUAUAUAAAUGGUAUAAAGAGGGGAGGUGGGAAUGAAAUGAAUUGCUGCCGCACAUUAAGAGAACUUGAAAUCCAAGUGGGAGAAAAGGUUUUCAAAAACAUUAAGACUGUUAUGAAAGCCUUUAAGCUCAUUGAUGUUAACAAGACUGGACUGGUUCGACCGCAGGAGCUAAGAAGGGUUCUGGAGACCUUCUGUUUGAAGUUAAGAGACGAGGAAUACGAAAAGUUUUCGAAACACUACAACAUCCACAACGAUACUGCAGUAGAUUACAAUGUGUUUUUGAAGAAUCUCAGCAUAAAUAAUGACUUGAACCUUAGAUAUUGUAUGGGAAAUCAAGAGGUCUCAUUGGAGAAUCAACAAGCCAGAAAUUCCAAAAAGGAGCGUUUGCUCGGUUCUGCAUCAUCUGAAGAUAUCUGGAGAAACUACUCCUUGGAUGACAUUGAGAGGAACUUUUGUCUAGAAGUGAUUUCUUUUUUUACCUGGAUUCCUGAAGCUUUUUUUUUUUUUUUUUUUCUGUUGAUCCUUGAAAUUAACAAAGCAAAACGAAGCUAUAUCUUGGUAUGGAGCAUUUUGACAAAGUUUCCUGGAACACAGUGUGGUGUACAGAUUCAGUUCUUCCUUUAUUUCAGGAAAAUCAAUGUGGUGCUUUCGAAGUCCUAUGAAAAGAUUGAAAAGGCCCUCAGUGCAGGGGACCCCUGUAAAGGUGGCUACGUGUCUUUUAAUUAUCUAAAGAUUGUCCUCGACACCUUUAUAUACCAAAUACCAAGAAGAAUUUUUAUCCAGUUAAUGAAAAGAUUUGGACUUAAAGCCACCACUAAAAUCAAUUGGAAGCAAUUUCUAACAUCAUUUCAUGAGCCUCAGGGGUUGCAAGUUAGCAAUAAAGGUCCCCUGACAAAAAGAAAUAGCAUCAACUCUAGAAGUGAAUCUCGCAAGGAAAACAUCAUCACAAAGUUAUUUAGAUGCACUGAAGAUCGCUCUGCAUCACUGAAGAAAGCAUUACUGAUAAUCAACACUAAACCCGAUGGACCGAUAACGAGAGAAGAAUUUCGAUAUAUUCUAAAUUGUGUGGCUAUAAAACUAAGCGAUUCGGAAUUCAAAGAACUAAUGCAAAUUCUUGACCCUGGGGACACUGGAGUGGUCAACACCAGCAUGUUUAUUGAUCUGAUUGAAGAGAACUGUAGGAUGAGAAAGACAUCUCCCUGUACAGAUGCUAAGACACCCUUCCUCCUGGCCUGGGAUUCAGUGGAAGAAAUUGUUCAUGAUACAAUUGCUAGGAACCUACAAGCUUUUUAUAACAUGCUACGCUCAUAUGACCUUGGAGACACAGGGCUCAUUGGCCGAAAUAAUUUCAAGAAAAUCAUGCACAUCUUCUGCCCAUUUUUAACGAAUGCACAUUUCAUAAAACUCUGCAGUAAGAUUCAGGACAUUGGUUCAGGAAGAAUCCUUUACAAGAAACUGUUGGCAUGCAUAGGAAUUGAUGGCCCACCCACUGUCUCUCCAGUUCUUGUUCCAAAGGAUCAGCUGUUAAGUGAACAUUUACAAAAAGAUGAACAGCAGCAGCCAGAUCUUUCUGAGAGUUUUAGAACCAAGCCCACAGAGGAUAAAACCACCCUGACCAAGAAGAUGACCACAGAAGAAGUGAUUGAAAAAUUCAGAAAGUAUAUACAGCAGCAGGACCCGGCAUUCAAAAAACGAUUUCUUGACUUCAGCAAGGAGCCUAAUGGAAAAAUUAACGUGCAUGACUUUAGGAAGAUACUGGAAGACACUGGGAUGCCCAUGGACGAUGAUCAGUAUGCCCUGCUGACCACUAAAAUAGGCUUCGAGAAGGAAGGGAUGAGCUAUCUUGAUUUUGCGGCAGGAUUCGAAGAUCCUCCAAUGAGAGGGCUGGAAACCACUCCGCCACAGCCUCCAACUCCUUCAAAAAGUUAUGUGAACAGCCACUUAAUCACCGCAGAAGAAUGCCUGAAGCUUUUCCCCAGGAGGCUGAAGGAGUCAUUCCGGGACCCCUACUCUGCCUUCUUUAAAACAGAUGUUGACAGGGAUGGCAUAAUCAACAUGCACGACCUUCACAGACUGCUCCUGCACCUACUGCUUAAUCUCAAAGACGACGAGUUUGAGCGCUUCCUUGGCCUUCUUGGCUUGAGACUUAGUGUCACUUUAAAUUUUCGGGAAUUUCAAAAUUUGUGUGAGAAGAGACCAUGGAGAACAGAUGAAGCGCCUCAAAGACUCAUUAGACCAAAACAGAAGGUCGCGGAUUCAGAACUAGCUUGUGAACAGGCUCAUCAGUAUCUUGUUACCAAAGCAAAAAACAGAUGGUCAGACUUGUCUAAGAAUUUUCUAGAAACCGAUAAUGAGGGCAAUGGCAUUCUUCGACGCCGGGACAUAAAGAACGCACUGUAUGGUUUUGAUAUUCCCCUCACACCAAGAGAGUUUGAAAAGCUUUGGGCAAGAUACGACACCGAGGGAAAAGGGCACAUUACUUACCAGGAAUUUUUACAGAAAUUGGGUAUUAACUAUUCACCUGCUGUCCAUCAGCCCUGUGCGGAGGAUUAUUUCAACUUCAUGGGUCAUUUUACAAAGCCACAGCAGCUACAGGAAGAGAUGAAGGAGCUGCAGCAGAGCACAGAGAAGGCCGUGGCAGCCAGGGAUAAGCUUAUGGACCGCCAUCAAGAUAUCAGCAAAGCAUUCACCAAAAUUGAUAAAUCCAAAACCAACUACAUAUCCAUAUGCAAGAUGCAGAAAGUGUUGGAAGAAUGUGGCUGUUCUCUUACAGAAGGGGAGCUGACCCAUCUGCUAAACAGUUGGGGAGUCAGCCGGCAUGAGAAUGCUAUCAAUUACCUCGACUUCCUGAGAGCAGUGGAGAACAGCAAGUCAACAGGAGCUCAGCCCAAGGAAAAAGAAGAGAGCAUGCCAAUCAGUUUUGCAACGCUGAAUCCACAGGAGGUUGUGAGGAAGAUCCAGGAAGUAGUUGAGUCCUCCCAGCUGGCUUUGUCCACGGCAUUUUCUGCAUUGGAUAAAGAGGAUACAGGAUUUGUAAAGGCUACAGAAUUCGGACAAGUUCUUAAGGAUUUCUGUUACAAACUAAUGGACAAUCAGUAUCAUUAUUUUUUGAGGAAACUAAGAAUUCAUCUAACCCCCUAUAUAAACUGGAAAUAUUUUCUCCAGAACUUUAGCUGUUUCCUUGAGGAGACAGCUGAUGAGUGGGCUGAGAAAAUGCCCAAAGGCCCACCGCCUACCUCUCCCAAGGCCAUGGCCGACAGAGACAUCCUGGCUCGCCUCCACAAAGCAGUGACUUCCCAUUACCAUGCCAUCACCCAGGAGUUUGAGAAUUUUGACACCAUGAAAACCAACACCAUCUCCAGAGAGGAGUUUAGGGCCAUUUGUAAUCGCCACGUCCAAAUCCUGACGGAUGAACAGUUUGACAGACUCUGGAACGAGAUGCCAGUCAAUGCCAAGGGGAGGCUGAAAUACCCGGACUUCCUGAACAGGUUCAGUUCCGAGACAGCAGCCACACCAAUGGCCACUGGUGACUCGGCCGCGGCCCAGAGAGGGAGCAGUGUCCCCGACGUCUCAGAAGGCACCAGAUCUGCCCUCUCAUUGCCCACUCAGGAGCUGAGACCAGGGUCAAAGUCGCAGAGUCACCCCUGUACUCCAGCGAGCACCACCGAGAUCCCGGGUACUCCGCCCUUGCAGAACUGUGAUCCCAUAGAGAGCAGGCUCCGGAAGAGAAUCCAGGGCUGCUGGCGCCAGCUCCUGAAAGAAUGCAAGGAGAAGGAUGUGGCGAGACAGGGGGACAUCAACGCCUCCGAUUUCCUGGCUCUUGUGGAGAAAUUCAACCUGGACAUAAGCAAAGAGGAAUGUCAGCAGCUCAUUAUAAAAUAUGACUUAAAGAACAAUGGGAAAUUUGCAUACUGUGACUUCAUUCAGAGCUGUGUCCUCCUGCUAAAAGCAAAGGAAAGCUCACUGAUGCACAGGAUGAAGAUCCAGAAUGCACACAAAAUGAAAGAAGCUGGCGCUGAGACGUCAUCUUUUUACUCUGCUCUGCUGCGUAUUCAGCCCAAAAUUGUGCACUGCUGGAGGCCAAUGCGGCGCACGUUCAAAAGCUAUGAUGAGGCUGGAACGGGGCUGCUAAGCAUCGCAGAUUUCAGGACGGUCCUGAGACAGUACAGCAUCAACCUCUCUGAGGAAGAGUUCUUCCAUAUUCUGGAGUAUUACGAUAAGACACUGUCUUCAAAAAUCUCCUACAACGACUUCCUCCGGGCGUUCCUCCAGUAGACACCCCUGCCGUGCGCCCAGCGGGACGACAGCCACAGGGCCUGUUUCAAGACUAAUAAAAUCCUAUAAUUUGGGGGUUUCAUGAAUUUUCAAAAAAGCAAAACCCAAGCCCAAGCCCAGCCCGCCUCUCUCUGGGUCGGGGGUAGUAGGCACGGCUGCCCUGGGUUCUGGCACAGGAUGCUUGCGCUCCAGGCGCCAGGUGCUACCACUAUGUCUUGGGCACCCUCACUUGUUAGUCUGAACAAAUAAAAUAGUCUUUGCAAGAA